AUGGAGUACAAGCAUUUCAGCCACGAGCACAACCUGUCGCUGUACAGAGUGGUGGAGGUGGAGGCAGUCGGGGCAGGGCAGCGGUGCCACGGGUGCCAGCAGCCGCUCCGGGAUUCCUGUAACUCGUCGUCCGUACUGGGCUGCCGGAAGUGUAACUUCUUCCUGCACGAGCACUGCGGGAAUGCGAACCGAUACGUGAAGCACCCGUCGCACAGGCUGCACCCUCUCAUCCUCCUGCCCACCCCAACCUACUGCAGCGGCUCCUUCUCCUGCGAUGCCUGUGGCGCUCCCGGCAGCACCUUCUCCUACUGCUGUGCGCUCUGCGAGCUCGACCUCCACCUGCAUUGUGCCUUCCUGCCCCCCAGUGUCACCCACAACGCCCACCCGCACGACCUGUCCCUCACUUUCCAGGGCACACGCACAGGCACAGAUCCUCAGCGAUGCAGUGUUUGCACGAGGCUGCUGAGCUCCAGGAACUGGUCUUACGUCUGCAACAGACCUGAGCCUCAUUGUCGGCAUUUUCAGGCCCACACCUUCUGUGCCACUGCACAAGUGAAGCCAGGACUGUAUCAGGAUGACGACGCAGCAGCAGCAGCAGAAUUAGAACAGGUCCAGAACCGUCCGCAACAUUGUUCCAAUUCCAAUGAUACGAUACCCGUGUAUCCUCCACCACCAGAGCCACAGGCAUCGUCCCCCGUCCCAGCUGAGGCGGUUCUUGCUGAGAUGUUUCACCAACAGCUGCUCCUGCAAAUGGCUCAGAAUCUCAAGCACGGAACCAGAUAG